AUGCCGGACGUCAACAAAUUAUCGGCGGCGGAGAAGGCGACGGAGUUGGGACUGCAAAGCAAUCCAUCGUCUUCUACUUUGACACCAAGUAUCGAUGAGAAGGUCCAGAGGAAACUCGUCCGGAAGAUUGACAUACUCGUUCUCCCAGCUCUCGCAUGUGGCCUCCUCACACACGCCAUAGACCGCUCCAACAUCGGCAAUGCAAAAUCAGACACCCUGGAGCGCGACCUCCACCUCGUGGGGAACCAGUUCCAGCUCCUCCUGGUGCUCUUCUACAUCCCCCUGACCCUCUCCUCGGUGCCCUUCUCCCUGCUGGCCAAGAGGUUCAGCCCGUCGCGCGUGCUCCCGCUGGCCAUGUUCGGCUUCGGGGCCGUCGCCAUGGCGGGCGCGGCGACGCGCAACUUCGGCGGGAUGCUGGCCUGCCGCAUGGUCCUGGGCGUCCUCGAGGCCGCCUUCCUCCCGCUGCCGAGCUACUACGGCAGCCUCUUCUACACGCGCCGCGAGCUGAGCCUGCGCAUCGCCUGCUUCUUCUCAGCCGUCAACGUCGCCGGCGCCGUGUCGGGCCUCAUCUCCUUCGCCGUGUUCCAGUGGCGCGGGCGCGCGCUCAGCGGGUGGCGUGCUGCCGCGGAGCGUCGAGUCGAGCCGCUUCUUCUCGCCCCCGAGGAGAAGAAGCUCGCGCGCGCGCGGCUCGAGGAGGGCACGCUGGACGCCACCGGGGCGGGAGGCAGCGAGGAGCUGGACAGGUUCCGCUGGGCGGACGCGCGCGACACCCUUCUGCGUUGGGAGAGCUGGGCGUUCAUGCUCAUGGCGCUCAGCUUCGGCGUCGCGCUGACGGGCGCGGCCAACUUCCUGCCGUCCAUGAUCCGGCGGCUCACCAGGGACUCGGUGCGCGCGAACCUGUUCACCAUCGGGCCGCACCUCACCGCCAUGGCGUGCCAGCUCGGCGCGACGUUCCUCAACAACCGCACCCAGCAGCGCGCGGUGCUCAUCGCCUCGUUCGCGGGUGUCGCGGGCCUGGCGUGGAUCCUCCUGGCCACGCUGGACCUCUCAGGCCGAAGGGGGGUCGACGUCGGCUACUUCCUCACUUACCUCCUCAUGGCUGGGACUUUUACGCCGCCGCCGCUCGUGACUGAGUGGAUCGCAAGCAGCAGCCCUACGUCCACUGGGAGGGCACUUCGGCUGGGCAUGUUCGCUACUGCGAUUCCGAUCGGUGGUAUUAUCAGCUCUGUUGCGUUCCGAGCGCAGGACGCGCCGGUGUACCAGAGGGGCCUGCUCACCUGUGCUUCUUUCAUCGUGCUUCUGGCGUUGCUGGCGGCGGUGAUGAGGGUGCACUUCGCGAAGCUGAACCGGAGAAUGGAUCGAGGCGAGGAGGUUGAUAUAGCCCCCGGAUUUCGGAGGCCCGAGUGGAGGCAUGCUCUAUAG